AUGCGCCAUGCGGAGGACCUCAACUUUACUAUGAAGCGGAAUCGCACCAACUUCGAGGCCAAUGGCGAGGCCUCGUCCGCUUCUCCACAGGGCUUCACGCCCGAGGACCACUCGCGGCCUCAUGUCCCGAAGAUUUCUCGACGGAUACGAGCAUGCACGGAGUGUAAGCGGCACAAGGUUCGAUGUGACAUGAAAGCAUCGGACACGGUGUGCUCAAGGUGUCGGCGCAUGGGAUUAGAAUGUGUUGUAAACAAAAGCCUUCAAACGUUACUAGAGGAUGAAGCCGAGUGGAAAACCAUGAUUGAAUCAGCGAUGACGGACCUACUCAGAAAGUCUCAGCUACCGGAGCUAUCAUAUUACCAAGCCGGCGGUAAUUCGAUUGAAACACCUUCGAAGAAGAGGAACCGAAAAGAUUCCACCGUUUCGACCGACGAUAAUGCACAGCACAAUCGGACGGAGUCGGUUGGAGAUUCUGCUCGUCAAGCUCUAAUUUCGAGACCAUCAAAAUAUAGUUUCUCACAGCAGCAGCCACAAUACUCUCUUGACCGAGAGGAAACCGGCGCAACUUCUUUGGUUACAGCGCCAAUGGGGAGUCUAUACGAGGUGACACAACUGAGCGAGAACCGCGAGAGCUCACCAGGACAAAAUAUUGCACCAGAUCAGGCAUUGGUCACUGAUUUCAUCUCGCGGGGUGUGGUGAAUAUCCAAGAAGCCGAGGAGCUGUUCCUUCAGUUUGAUCAGGUACUCAACCGAUAUCUAUGGGAUGGAGCAUUAUUGGCACAUAAAGACUUGACAUCCGUUCGACGGUCAUCAUCAAUGCUGUCUGCUGCCAUUCUGGCUGUUACUGCACUUCACAUGCCAACCAAAGAACGCACAUUCGAUACUUGUUACACCGAAUUUGCAAAGCUAGCAUCGGAAUCCAUGCUAGGUCAUCAUCAUACAAUGGAUGAUAUCCGCGCCCUAUGUAUCGGAGCUUUCUGGCUUGCGGAUGUAAGUUGGAAGCUUUCUGGUUAUGCAGUUCGUAUUGCAACCGAACGUAAUCUGCAUCAAUUUUACCGCAAGGCCGUACAAGGGUCACCAGAACACAUUGAACAGGCAAGGCUGUGGUAUCUACUCUACACAUUGGAACAUCAUUUUUCUAUUGCAUAUGGUCGACCACCGAUGAUUCAUGAAGAUGCUAGUGUUACUCAACACAAUAUCUUCACGCAGACACCAUCAGUAUCACAAGGCGACCUUCGACUUCACAGCCAAGUCGACUUGUUUAUAAUUUUAACCCGUAUAUAUUUUGCAUUUGGACCCGACGUUGACUUGGAGGUUCCCGAAAGUGAUUUUCCCAAGAUCGACCAGUUUGAUCUUGAUAUAGGGGACUGGAAGUCGGCUUGGCUUCCUAGACUUGCUGGGAGCCGUUACGUCGGUGCAUACCCCUACAAGGCCGUAUACAUGCAUUAUCAUUUCUCUCGUCUGCAACUGAACUCAGUUGCUCUUCGCACAUAUCAUUCCUCUACCUCCUCAGGACAAAUGUCAUUCGAACGCAGAAAGCGUGCCAACCUAGCUGUUGAAUCAGCCAUUGCCACUCUCCAAGUCUGUUUAGACGAGCGAGACAUCCAGCGCGCUCUUGUCGGCGUCCCACUGUAUUUACACAGUAUGAUCACAUUUGCAGCAGUCUUCCUGCUGAAAAUUGCAGCGAAGGUUUGCUCAAAUGGGGCCAUUCCAGGAAGCCAAGGCCAACAGACUUCAAUCGCCUCGGCAGGACUACACGUCGAUGUUGGCUACGUGCGUGUCCUCGUCGGACGAGUCGUUGGGCUCAUGGUCUCAUGCAGUCAGCGUGCAAGUGAGCGUCAUCUCAGCCACCACAUCGCAAGGGGUCUCCGCAAGAUGCUCACUGGGCUUGAGGAAUGGGAGAAGCGGAACUCAGGGACACAACAAUCCAUGAGCUCGCACCACGACUCUUCAUCCCUCUUCAAGCCAGUGGUUAUUCCCGGAGCUCAGGUUUUGGGCGAGCGUGAUACAAUAUUGAAUCACCCACCCCCGUUACUUGGGGUUGCGCCGCUGUCUGCUGAGCGCCGCAAUGGCUUUGAGCCGCCAGGCCCCGAAAAGCAAGAGCCAGGUCUCUCAGAGGGCUCGGUGGAUCCCAUGAUGGCGGACUUGUGGGGAUUCGAUGAGGAUUACUUCCCCACGGGGGUAUUUGACUUCCUCCAGAGUCAGAUGCCAGCGUGA